UAAAAACCCCAUUAUAUUCAUUCAUUCUUUCUUUCUUCUCUUACAAAAAAACAACAACAACAUGAACUUCACUUUCUUGAACUCAAUUGUUGAAAGAGUGUCACUAAGGCUACCAUUACUAUUCUAUGCAGCAACAUGGACAACUAUUCUUACAAUAAUCGUAGCGUUGGCAUCAUUUUCUCCAGAAUUAGCCUUUGUUAGCGCGAUAACACCUUCUUCUUCCUUCUCUCAAGCUUGUCAUCAUGAUCAUAAUCGUAACGAAAAAGGAUAUGUAAGAAUACCAUUGGAUCUUCCAUUAGAGGUUUUUUGUUUUCCUUCUCAAGAUUUUAAAAGAUCUCAAAUGGAUUUAAUUGUUCCUCCUAUCUUUGCUGCUACUAUUGUGGCUCUAUCUGCUUAUGUUGUUAAAGCUUUAGCUUUAUGGGAAGUUGAUGAUCAACAUAAUAAUCAAUUUUGACUUUUUUUUUUUUUGUCUGUGAGAUUUGAUUUUGUUACAUUUUAUUAUAACAAUAGUACUCAAUUAUUAUCUCAGAAAGUUAUCUUUUUAUUUUAACUUUUUUACCUAAAGAAAGUGAUGUUAUGAGAUAAUAAGUAUUAGUUUAUCGAUUAUAUGAUAAAUUAACUUUAUUUAUGUAGUCGAUCUCUAAUUACUUUAA